UUUCCCAAAUCUAGUCCACGCUGCCGCUGACCUCACAUCCCUCCCACACACACACACACACACAGGGAAUGUGCAGUUUUGGGAAUGACCUGUCUUGACCCUCCAUUCACCAGCUGAUGGAGAUGAAUCCCAUCAACAAGCAGAGCGAUGACUGUGACCCAGACAGGCCCGCUCAUCCUGGGGUUUUCCCAAGUGGCGAGGCCUGGAAGAGCGAGCGAAACCCGGCGGAACGCAGAGUGGACUUCCCGGUGUCUGUGGUUCUUCCAGCCGGAGGCACCGGAGAGAGAACCGGACUGCAGACACCUAAACAGUUCUGCUCAUUCCUGGGCAGACAGCUCAUAAGCUACACUAUCCAGGCUUUUGAGAGGGUGUCUUGGAUCCAGACCAUCGUGGUGGUGGUUGCCAAAGAAAACACAGACCUGAUGACUGACAUCAUCCAGCGCUUCCAGCACAGGAAGGUUCGAGUGGUGCCAGGCGGAUCGACUCGUCACCGCUCCAUAUGCAACGGGGUUCUGGCUCUGGGCUCCGGGCAGGACGAGGAGGGGGGGUCGACAGCGGAGAGGCCGAAGGUGGUCAUCAUCCACGAUGCAGUGCGGCCUUUUGUGGAGGAGGACUUUCUGUACAAGAUAGCCAUGGCUGCCAAGGAACAAGGGGCGGCAGGAGCCAUCCGACCGCUGGUUUCCACGGUGAUCGCCACCACGUCCGAGGGCUACCUGGAUCAUUCACUGGAGCGAGCCAAGUACAGAGCCAGCGAGAUGCCUCAGGGCUUCACAUACGAUGUCAUCCAUCAAGCCUAUCAGAGCUGCACCGAGUCAGACUUUGAGUUUGGCACCGAGUGUCUCCAUCUGGCUCUGCAGUACUGUGGUACCAACGCCAAGCUCAUCGAGGGUCCGCCAACAUUGUGGAAGGUAACCUACAAACGGGAUUUGGCUGCUGCAGAGUCCAUUAUCAAAGAGGCUCUAUCACGGACGGCCUGUGUUAUCACAGGUGGGUCUGCACAAGCUGUGACGCUGGCUGAAGCCCUCCAGAAGGCGGUUGGAGCUCUGGAAAUGGAGCUGGACGCCAUCCCAGAUCUGAUGGGAGACAACGCCAGGUAUCUAGUAACGGAGUGGAACUUCAUCCAUGUUUCUAUCAGUGGUUCUUGCCUGUCUGAAGUGGAGGCCUUACUGACAGCUUUGGAGGCAGCGAAUCGAGCUAUUCUCCACCCGCUGGUUGUCAUUUUGGUGCAUUUGAGUACUUCAGAUGAGCUGUCCAUCAGUGGGAGGAUGGCAGAGCCUGCGGCCAUCACGGACCUGGCCUCAGCAGCAAAGCUCCGAAAUAUUUUCGUCUAUGGCGUCCUGCUUCAGCAGUCAAAGGACACAGACUGUUGGGAGAGGUCAGUGUUGAGGGUAGCUGAGAUUACGUCAGCCUUGAUCCGGGAAAGAAGCUCCGCCCUGGUGGGACAGCUUCUGCAGGCAUGAAGGGGACGCCACACCAACCGAAAAUCCCCACAUUUCCCAUGAACACUGCUGCUGCUGCUGACUACCAAGGGACUGUGUUUUUCCUGCUCCUAAUCCAGCUCAUUAUCAAUUACAGCAAGAUUAAAGGGAAACUCCAGAGAUUUAGUGCUGGAAGAGACAGAUUUCAAUACUUUUGAGACACUUCAUCAAUCCGUCCCUUUCAAGCUCCUCGCCCACAGUUUGCAAGAUGAACUAAAUGCUUUAAAUAACCCGUUUUCAAAGGCUGACCAUGACUACUAAAUUGACUUUGACAUGUGGUGUCCCUUUAAUUACUACCUGCCAGCCAUUUUUACUGUGGCAAUGAAAGGUUAAGCUAGUCUUUACUAUAAUCAACCACAACUCAGAGGCAGUGUUAUAUUUUUAAAAAUAUGUUUGUUUAAUAAUUUGUGGCUGUUAUUUUUGGGGUUGAAUCUGCGGUUAAUAAAAGAGAAAGUUUCUUCUCUUCUCCAGAAAAGUUAGAAAAACAUCCCAAAAUCUGCAUUCAUGUAAUUAACAGGGAUUUAAAGGGGAUGUUAAAAUUGAAAUUGAAUAUAUCUCAAAGCAUAUUCAGAAAUUAAAGCCCCUGUGUGUUGGAUUUGAACCUUUCUGGUUUUGCCGAAUCUUUGUGGUUAAAUGCAUAAAUAAACAGACACUCUAGCAGAAAGAACUGAAACACCACAUACAGUUAAAUUACGCUUGAAUGGUCUAAAUUUUCCACAAACUUCAGACUUACUUGCAUCAUUUGAAAGAUAAAACAAUCAUGUAAAAACUGAGGCAUUAAAAUGACUAAAAGGGACAAUCUAAAACAGGAAGCUGUGUUGUUAUUUCAAGACAAAUACAGUUUUUGUGACAUGUGAUAGUGGAAGAAGUUAAUAAUUGGGGAAUCACAUCACUUCCAGUAGGUUUGUCCUCUUCAGUGUUUGAAAGACAGCUGGCCAAAUAGUAUUUAGGGACUUUUUCCUGCCAACACUCUGUUUAAAGGUCAAAUAAAGUUAGGUGUGAUGUACUAAACAUCAACAAGUCCAGUGAGUAAUGGGGCAGAGGUUUGGCGCAUUAAUGUUAUGACAGUUAAAUUGUGUUGUGGGAUAAACAUGGCCUUUUCUUCACCACUGGAAACUGCAGUUGACACAAAUAUGUAAAAAGACUGAGUUUAUAUUUUUUUGUAAUCUACUGAAACUGCUUAUUUAGACAAUAAAUUACAUAUAAAGAUGUUU